AUGGCCGAAGCCCUCGGUAUCGCAUCUGGCGCCGCGGGCCUCCUGAGUCUGGCGAUAGAAGUCACCAAGCUCAGCUACACGUACAUCGCCAGCGUUCGGAGUGCACCUAAAUCGUUAACCUCGUACAUUGCGGAGCUUACAACGCUCACCUCUGUUCUGCUACAGCUCGAAGACCUCAUCCAGGCCAAGAGAUUCAACGGCCAGAAUGACCAGACUCUCAGCAAGGCUUUACACGACUGUCACCGGGAAGUAGAGCACUUAAAAACAAAACUAGAGAAAAAGCUGUCGUAUGGCAAAUUCAAGGCCAAGAUGGCUGCUUUGGCUUGGCCGUUGUCGGAAUCAGAAUUGCUGGACAAAGUAAAUAUGUUGCAUCGCUACAAUGGCAUUUUCUCAUCUGCCUUGCAAGCUGAUAAUUUAACAGUGGCAGUCGCGACAAACAAAGAGCUGCGAGACAUUAGGCAGAGUACCGAAGCAAAAGAAAUAAUUGCCUGGUAUAAGUCCGAUGUCGCGAUUGAGGCUUCAACCUCUCACCUGGACGAUUACUGUCCCUCUACAUGGCAGACAUUUCUAUCGGGCUCUUUCUAUCAAUCUUGGCGGAGUGGCUCAACACCCGUCGUUUGGGGAUAUGGACAACCUGGUGCUGGGAAGACAGUAUUGGCCGCCCUCGUUCUUCGACAUGUCAAGUCUGAAAACUUCCCCGGUGCAACCAUUGCCUCACAUUUUUUCAGCAGCAGCAGGCCCAAGGAAACUGUAAGCAAUUUCCUACGAAGUCUGAUCGCCCAAGCGCUCCGUGGCUGCCCUGUCAUCCCCCAAGAAGCAUCGGCCUUGUAUGAAAAAGGUUCCCAAAAUCUAAUGAUGACCGAUCUGACGAAUGUCCUUGGGGCGAUUGCCAAGUCAAUGACGACGUGUAUCAUUCUUGAUGCACUUGACGAAUGCCCCUUUCUUCCCAAGCUUUUCAACAUCCUGUCGACAUUGCAGGAUCUGGGAGUGAGAAUCUUUGCAACAGCUCGGGAUCUGCCAAAGAUUAGGAAGCAUUUCGAGAAGAGGCCAAGGGUGGAAAUUUCUGCCACUAGACAUGACUUGGAUUUCUACGUCAACUACCGAUUGGAGCAUGGCGAAGUUGACGUUGAGUCAAUUGGAUCAGAAUUGAAGUCAGAUAUCGUAUCUGCAAUUGUGAAAAGGGCGGCGGGGUCGUUCCUACUUGCUCGGCUCAUCAUGGAUCACAUCUCCAGCCUACUGACCAUCAAGGACAUACGGAAAGCCCUGAUCUCGAUACCCGCCAAUUAUGACGAGGCGUACCUAAGCACGUUUGACCGUAUAGUCAAGCAAACCCCUAGCCUGAGGGACCUCGCCUUGAAAUCAUUGAAUUUCAUUUCUUACGUCAAGGAGCCUUUACGGAUGGUCGAAUUACAGCACGCCCUCACCGCGGAAGAAGGCAUGGCUGAAGUCGACCCUGAGGAUCUUCAGCCCGCUAAAGCUAUCAUCUCAUCAUGCCUUGGACUGCUUGUGGUUUCGGGACCGGAGAAGAUCGUCGAGUUCGUACACUCGACUGCGCGAAACUUUCUCCAGGGUCAGCCUGAAGGGAUGGAUAAGCGCCCCCAUCUGACGAUUGUUCGCAGUUGCAUCUCGUACAUGUCAACAAAUGAGAUGCGCCAGGGCCGUUGUCUAUCCCACGAGGACGCCGCCCAACGUUGUCAAAACCAGCCAUUCCUCUAUUAUGCAGCGAACUUCUAUGGCUACCAUGCUCAAGAAGUUGAAGAUGAAUGUAUCCACCAGCUUUCGGGGUUUCUAGAGAACGAUGUCCUUCGGGAAAGCUCGUGGCAACUCUUGAACUUCAAAGCCCAUCUGGAUACUUCUGUCUCCGAAUCCGUGUUUGAGUCGAGUCCCAAAAAUGUCCUGGCUCUACAUGUGGCCGCAUUCUGGGGUUUUGAAACGUAUAUUGAUCGCACCUUGAGUUACACACGGCAGGGAACUCCGAGUACUCAGAAACAGAAUCUAAACAAGAGUGACUCUCACGGAUGGACGCCUUUACACUGGGCCGUAUCCAUGGGCCAUAAAAGUAUAGUUGAGAUUCUUCUCAGAUCAGGGGCCAGUCCCGAUCUUCCGGAUCUUGCAGGAUGGACGCCAACAUUUUGGGCAGCUUUCAAGGGCCACGCAGAUAUCAUUGAAAUGCUCUGGCGCUAUGACACAGCCCCGUUUCGAUGCGAUAAUAAAGGACUCACUCCACUUCACUGGGCGGUAUCCGCGGGCCAAACCGAAAUUAUCAAGCGGCUUUUAAAUCUCAAGAAACGCUUUGGACAGUACGAAAAGUCGCCAGUACUCUCACUGCCGAUACUGGACGACUUGACGGUUGAGAGAGCUCGCGCCAUGACUUCCAGGGCAAAUGAGAGUCCUUUCAAGUUCUACUCGGAGGGGACAGAUAUCGAAAUGUUUUCUUCCAUCUUUAGCGCCCUAAAGCAGAGUUUUCGUGAGAAAGAAGACAAACCUCCGGAAAGGAAUGAAGGCUAUUAUACAUUUGAUCCAUUCCUUUAUGGACCCUUUGGAGAGAGCCUCAAGGCUGAUCACGGAAGAAGAGCGAGGCCGGAUCGCGACUACCAGUGGGGAAAGCCAGAUGUUGGAUUUAUUUACUUUGUAGAUCAACUGCUGAUUCACGCCACGCGGUCACAGGACUUACCGAUCAUCAAACUGGCGUUUGAUCUCAAGCUUGUGAAAGCGUCUGGGAUAGAUAGCCUUGCUCUUCUUCACGAAGCGGCAGCAACUGGAUGGGUCGAGGGAAUGGCUGCUUUGAUCGGCCUAGGGGCAGAUGUCAACAAUGCGGAGAGAAGUUAUAAGCAAACACCUUUACACAGAGCUUGUCAAAACCAACGUGAAGGAGCAGUCAAAUUGCUCCUGGACAUCGACAAGAUUGAUAUCAAUGCUCGAGCCAGAAAUGGGCGAACACCAAUCAUGGAUCUCUUGACCGCUUCCUAUGAAGAGAAAGCGGUCACUAUGUAUAAGCUACUGGUUUCCAGAGGAGCUUCAAUCUCUAUUCAAGAUGAGGAAGGCAACUCGCUCAUGCAUUACGCCUUGCGGACCUGCAAUGGUACCAUCGUGCAAAUGUUAUGCACCGCCGGACUAAGCAUAGAAUCUCCAAACAAAAGCGGCCAAUUACCGUUGCACUGGAUGGCUCAAUGGAAGUACUUUGAUCUUCGGAAGCCUGUCACACCUGAUGAAGUCCAAGAUGUGAGGAAAAAGCGAAGAGAUUGCAUGAAACUUGUCUUCCAGCUCUCAAGUCCUAGCUCUCUGGAUUCUAUGUGUGAUUGGGAAGAUGGAGCAACGGUUUCUAGGCAAACGCCUUUGUCACUGGCUUUGAAAAGCCACAAUUGGGAUCUUAUAGCCGAGCUGUUGAAACACAUCAAGCAGCCUGCGAACAUGAGUUCUUUGCUGGAUCCAUAUCAUAACAGUUUACACGAACUGUGUAUGGUGUCAGAGAGACUUCCCUCGGCCUCAAUUCCUGAAAACUGUGAUCGAACAAUGCUAUAUUACGAGCUACAACCACUUCCCUUUGAUGAUUGGACUCGCAUACUUCGAUUGCUUCUCGAUGCAGGAGCUAAUAUCAAUACGGUUGAUUGGAAAGGGAAAACACCCCUGCAGCUUUGCAUACAGAGAACCGCUAGCAUCUCUGUUAUUGACACCCUACUGAAACUAGGAGCCAGUCCAUACGAUGCAGGCAAAGACGGGUUAGAUUGCUUCCAACUUGCACUUCUCUGUUCCGCCGAAGUAGGGAGUUGGGACAUAAUGGGCUGUCUUCGAACCUACGCCAACACUCAUCCUGAUCCAAGACACUAUUUCUGCCAGGGAGGGUUUCUCAUCGCCGACGAUACUCCCAUAGACAAUGAGCAGACUCGCUACCUUCAGGUCCUCCGCCAGACCAAUGCUAUCAACUGUGAGACACGGUCGGGUCGUACCCUCAUCCACGAAGCCGCCAGUCGAGGAAACACACGCUUGGUACAAAGGUUGCUGGAACAUGAUGCGUAUCCGCAUUAUAUAGAUGACUUUGGUAGUUCCGCACUGCAUGCAGCGGCCAAGCAGCAAGCUCCGACAACGGUAGCCGUCCUCCUACAGGCUGGAGCAGACGUCCAUCACGCUUCUGUGGACGAAUAUGGCACAACAUUUACGGGUACCCCCCUGCAUGUUUGUCUCGAGGCCUGCAAUGGCUCCAAAAUCAAGAGCGAAGCAGUUGAAACAGUUCGCAUCUUGCUGAGCUAUGGUGCUGACCCAAAUUAUACAGCCGUCAAGGAUGACCAUACAGAGACGGGCCUCUCACUCUGUCUCAAGGCACUGUGCCGCUCAGUAUACCAUCCCAAACUUGACGCAAUAUCUUCUGAGCAAUCAGAUCACCUGUUACUAGAGGUACUGAAACUACUGGUUGAUGCGGGAGCACGAGUCGCUGAGAGCGCGGAUGACAUCAUAGUUGGUGCUGUUGCGAAAAUGCAGGGUUAUGAAUCUCUGUGGGAGGAAAUGAGAUCGCAAUUAAUGCCGCAUAGGCUAUCAAGUCUAGAGGCUGAGUGA